AAAAUUGUUUUAUUUAAUUAUUUUAAAUUCCAAAAAUAGUUUUUAAUUAUUUCUUUAUUCAAAAAUAAAUCUAAAUUAGUUUCUUAAUUAAUUUUAAUUAGUAAUUAAUUAUUUUAAUUGGUCAAUUAAUUUAAAUAUUAAUUGAUUAAUUAAUUUAGUUAAUUAUUAAUUGAUUUUAAUUGAUUAAUUAAUUAGAUUUAAUUGCUCCUGUUGAUUUAAAAAUUCCGAAAAAUAGUUUCGAGCUUUGAAUCAUUUCUCUAAAAUAUGUUUGAGGCUCGUUAAUUGAUUUCAAAUGAUUUCGGACCCGAUCUUGAGCAAUCGGACUUGAUUAUUUAUUUAAAAAUGGAUUCUUUUACCUGUUUUAAUUCCGAAAAAUGUCUAGAAAUUCCAGAAAAUUCCUGAAAAAUCAUUUUUAACCUGAAACUUGAUUUGACAUCAAUUGGGAUGGGAAACCUUAUAUGAAAAAUGUUGUCUGCUAUCUGUUUGAUAUGUAUUGUGCUGAUAGGAGAGUUAGAAAACGGUUUUGCUUAUAACUUUUGAUCGGUAAUUCAGAAUCGAGUGAAACGAAAAAGAGAUUAAAGCUUAUAAAGUCUAUUUUAAUGUGACAUAAUAAGAUGGUGGAGUAUAGAAUGUGAAUAAUUGUUGUUAAAUGUAUAGAAUAUGAUUAUAUGUGAUCUAAUUGCUAUUAAUUGAUGAUUGCAUGGACUAUCUGGUUGUCCUAGUAUUACAUACAUGUGAUAAAUGAUUAAAUGACAUAGUGUCGUGUCUUGAUAUAUGUCGGAUAAAAGCAUAUGGAUUAUAGUGAUUGGAUUUGGUUGAUUGAUUGUUGAUUGAGAUAGGAUAACAGGUGGAUAGUCUAAUAAAUAGACGAGACGAUGUCGGAUUUUCGAUAAGAUUUAUAUGAUAUUAAUUGAUAAUAUGUUAUGUGAAAUAUGAUUAGACUAUAUGGUAGAGUCAAAGCAUGAUUAUGUGUUAAGUGAUAUUUGAUGAGUUUAAAGAGUUAUAUAAGUGGGUAUCGAUAUACGUGAUAUGUGUAUGCGAUAGGUUAUGCUACCGAGUUGAUAAGUAGAGAUAAGAAUCAAUAGAUUAUUUAGUGAUAAUGGUAGUAUCUUAUUCUCGUAAAGGGUUUGGACGAGACGGAUACGAUCGAAGACGUUCAGAAGGUCAAACGAUGUUACAAAGCGAAUAAGGAACGAAUCGAGUAAACGAAGCAGUGUGGCGAAUAGAGUAUAGCCAAAGAUGGUCUAGAGACUAUGAUAUGCAUAGAGUGUGAAAGUGGAAAGAUGAGAUUAAGCUAUGUGUGUGGAAGCGGAUUUAAGAAAAGCUUAGAGAUGAAUUGCUUGAUUGAGGUUGCGAGUAUGGCUAAGGCUAAGCGAGGAGUCAGAGUUAUAGAAUAUCCAGAGGACAAGUGGAAUGUCCAGGGAGAUUGUCAAGGUUAUGCAUUACUAGAAAUAGAUUUUGGCAUUUUGCAAGUUAGAAGAGUGCAAGAUAAUGGAGUUGACUUCCACCAUUUUGGUUUGCUUCAUUUUAUCCUCUACCUUAGUGAACUCCAUGGCUGUAGACAUCAUUAGAAUGCAUCAGACGUUUCGAGAUGGUGAUACUAUCACAUCAGCAGGUGGAGAGUUUGAACUUGGAUUUUUCAGUCCAGGAAGUUCAACGAAUCGAUAUCUGGGCAUCUGGUACAGGAAAAUAUCCAGAGGGACUGUUGUUUGGGUUGCUAAUAGAGAUAAUCCUCUUAUGAAUACCUCAGGAUUAGUGCAGGUCAAUCACAAGGGAAUUUCAUUGCAGUUGGUUGAUAAUAGUACUGGGAUAAUAUGGUCAUCGAAUACGUCUGUAUCAAUGAGGAAUCCUGUUGCACAGCUAUUAGAUACAGGGAAUUUAGUUUUAAGGGAAGGGCAUCUCAGUUUCAAUGGCGUAAAAGAUUUUAUAUGGCAGAGCUUUGAUCACCCUGGAGACAAUUUUCUACCUGGCAUGAAGCAUGGAAUAGACCUGGUAACUGGUCUGAACUGGAUUUUUUCAUCAUGGACAAGUGUAGUUGAUCCAUCCCUAGGCAAUUUCACUAGUGGACUUGAUCCAAAUGGCUUUCCACAAUUUUUUGUGUUAAAGGAUUCAAUGAUUUGGACAAGGAUUGGACCAUGGAAUGGUCACAAAUUUAGUGGUCUUCCCAACAGGAACCCGAAUGGAAUUUUUAAAGAUGUGUUUGUUUUCAAUGAAAAAGAAAUCUAUUAUAAGUUUCAUCUCAUCAAUACAAAUACAACUUCUGCUAUUAUGAGGUUCGUACUGACCCCAACUGGAGAUGCAAAACUUCUUGUGUGGAAUGAUCCACAAAAAAUCUGGAUGGUUUACCUUAGUAUGCAGGACAGUGACUGUGAUCGUUAUGGACUAUGUGGUGUAUAUGGAGUAUGUAAGAUCAACAGUACACCAAGAUGUGAAUGCUUGAGAGGAUUUGUUCCAAAAUUCCCAGAGAAGUGGAAGGCAGCCGAUUGGUCUAGUGGAUGCAUCCGCAAAACUGAUCUAGUUUGUGGGAGUGAUGAGGGUUUUGUGAAAUAUUCAGGAUUGAAGUUACCAGACACUCGCCACUCUUGGUAUGACUCGAAAAUGAACCUUCAGGAAUGUGAGAUGGUGUGCUGGAAAAACUGUUCUUGUACAGCUUAUGCAAUUGCAGAGUUCAGAAGAGGUGGACAUGGAUGUAUCUUAUGGUUUAAUGACCUAAUUGAUAUUAGAGAUUUUACUGAAGAUGGACAGGAUAUAUAUGUCAGAAUGCCAUCAUCUGAAUUAGUUAUAAGUCGCAGAGUAAAGUGGAUGCCAGAGUUCAUCUUCAUUGCUGCAGUACUAGCAGUAGUGCUACUUGGCCUAAUAUUCUUUCUAGUAUACAAGAAGAAAAAGCUGCAGAAAAAGGAAAGCUUGAAACUGAAUUUGGAAACUGUUGCGCUGACCAAAAUAGAGAAUGAAGAUCCGGAGUUGCCAUCAUUUGACUUCCAAAGCAUUACAAAUGCCACAAGUAACUUCUCCCAGGACAACAAACUUGGAGAGGGUGGCUUUGGACCUGUAUACAAGGGCAUGCUGACUGAUGGACUAGAAAUAGCCGUGAAAAGGCUUUCAAGAAAUUCAAGUCAAGGACUAGAUGAGUUCAAAAAUGAGGUUUCGUGUAUUGCCAAACUUCAGCACAGAAAUCUGGUGACGCUUCUUGGUUGCUGCACAGAGAAAGAUGAAAGGAUAUUGAUCUACGAAUAUAUGGCAAACAAAAGUCUAGAUUCAUUCAUUUUUGAUAAUAACGUGAGAACCACUUUGGACUGGCCGAAGCUAUACAACAUAAUAAAUGGCAUUGCUCGGGGACUUCUGUAUCUUCACCAGGAUUCAAAGCUAAGGAUCAUACAUAGAGAUCUCAAAGCCAGUAACAUUUUACUUGAUCAUGAUAUGAAUCCAAAGAUUUCAGACUUUGGCAUUGCAAGAACUUUUGUAGGAAAUGAAAGUGAAGCAAAUACAUCGAGAGUCAUUGGGACAUAUGGUUACAUGUCCCCAGAGUACGCUAUUGAUGGAAAAUUUUCUGUUAAAUCUGAUGUAUAUAGUUUUGGAGUUUUACUAAUAGAGAUAAUAAGUGGAGUGCAAAACAGAUCAUUCAGUCAUCCUGAUCACAGCUUCAACCUUCUAGGGCAUGCAUGGAUGAGUUACAAACACGACAAAUUGUUGGAAGUCAUUGACAGGACGAUCUUGGAGCACAGCAACCAUUUUGAAGUCUUUCGAGUUGUACAGAUUGGAUUACUCUGCGUUCAACAAGAUCCGAAGGACAGGCCAGUCAUGUCACAGGUGGUUCUAAUGAUAAGCAGUGAUAUGAAACUGCCUCGUCCUAAGCAACCUGGUUUUUUCACGGAAAGAUAUUUAAGCCACCUAAAUCCGUCAUCAUCCAACCAAUUAACGAUCACCACUCUCCUACCUCGAGAAUAAUCAAUCAUUUUACCUACAUUGAUCUAUUUUUAUAAUGCAAUUUUACUGGUCUGCAAUGACAGCUGUACAGUUAGUUAGACUAACUAACUUUACCGCCAUCUUUCUGUUACUAGCUACUCUGUAUAUAAUAGGCUCAACUCUCUCUCUCUCGUAUUCAUUCAUUCAUGUACUCAUUCACUCAAGUUGCAAUCUCUCUCAUUUAAUAAGAUGAGUUGAUUUACAGAAACGACUUUCAGAGUUAAUUCAAGGAAAUCUAACUGUUUCUGACUAUCUGGGAUAGUCUUGCU